CAGGAAUUAGUGAACAGUUUCAAAUGCAUUUAACAUUUUUUAUUUGUCCUGACAUGAAUGUUUUUCAUCAAUGAAAUGAUCGACGUGAGAAACUGUAUGUAAAGAACCGAGAGGAUGGAGGCUUUACAGGAGUCGAAUUAUUUCUUAGGAUCUAUGGAAAGAUUUCAUUGUUGGCAGAAAUAGGUACAAAAAGAUAUUCCUUAAAUCUCUGUAUGUUUGCAAGUAGUUUUAAAAAUCAGUUCUGCUCCGUUUCUGUUAUAAACAUCUAAUAACCACUAAAACCCAGACUAAAAUAAGACACGUUAAAGUUUUUAUCAUUGUUUAGACUAAAUGAAAAAGAGAUGUUUUCGUGGCAGCUAGCUGAAAUAAAAGUUUCAAUUCAGUUGUUUAAAAAUGUCAAUCUUAUUUCAGAUAAAUACCAAUUAAACACAAAAAAAGACAUUUAAAAUUAAAUGUAAAACUAAUUCAAAAUACUCCUGUCUUCUUCACAACAGAAACAUUGUUCAGGAUUUAAUAAUCAUAUGUUCUCGUCUGCAUGAAGGGCACCUGAAUACACAGAGUAUUAUUAUAAUUCACACAGAGCUGAGACUCUCAUCAGUUCAGUGUGAGGCAGCCUCUCAGCCAAUCAGGGGCCUCCUCCCGCUCCUGCCGCGCUGUGAUUGGCUGACAGACCCUCCCGUCCGCGGCAGCUUCUUCAGAUCGAGACGGAGUCGGACUGGAAGGAGCCAGAAAACAAACUCUUCAUCGUCUUCAGAUCAGUGAAGAUGAACAGCAGGAGUCAGGAGUGUGUGCACGAGCUCAGAUACCUCAGCUGGUUUAAGUUCAGACACGCCGGAUGUGGCUUCUCUGGUGGAUUUAUCUUCUUUAUUCCUGACAACCUCUUGUUACUAAAGUACUAAAGUUCUGCUAACUGUGUUUCGGUUCUUCAGAGUUUCAUUAAAAUGUUUUCUAGGUCUAUUUCUGGACGUAUCUCUUCACUAUGUGUGCUGCUGAGAAUCAAAGACGAGACAUGAUGUCUAUAAAAGCAAUAGUUCAGUUCAACAUGAAUGAGUUUGUUUCGUCAUCAGGUCAGGAGAAAUGUGUUUCUUCAUCAGUGUCUCAGUAAUGGAAGUGAAUGGGUGCCGUCAGAACCAGAGAAAAACAUCAGAAUAAUCCCCAGCGCUCCGGUCCAUCAGUGAAUAUCAGGAGAAGAUCAAACUAAUCCAGCCUUAAGAUGAUUUUAAUGUCUAAAUUAUGAGUCCAUAAACUCUUAAUAAGAACAUAAUAAGAGUUCUUAUGGAUAAUGGACUUGUAUUUUAGUUAAAGCGCUCAUCCUGACGGCACCCAUUCACUGCAGAGCAUCAGGUUCAUCUGAACUGUUGUUUUCAGCUGCAGGAGGUGGAUGUGUUGUUCUCAUUUAGACGGGUGUCUCUGGGUGCGUCGGUUUCGUGUUAAAAUAGACCAGAGUUGUCUUUAUUCAGACCUUCUACAAAUACACUCACGUCCAGCCAGAUCUGAACCGUCUCCUGAAGCAGCAGAUGUUCUUCAGAGCAGGAGGCUGAAGAUGAGCUGAUCUCCUGCUGAUCCAUCAAACAUGCAUUAGAGAGAUCACAUCUGGACAGUUAUGCUAAAAAAUUUAUCAAAUCAAAUAUACUUUUGAUUAUAUAUUUGAAUAUGUAUAACGAUUGGGCAAAAAUACACACACAUAUAUAUACAACAGAAAAUGGGCAAAAAUGAGUUGAUAGAAGAUCUAGAACUUCUCCGCUGUAUCUGUAGCUACAGACAACAAUACACUGUGAGUCAAAUCAUACAUUUCUCUUUUAUUCCAGAAAUCAUUAGGAUAUUAAGAUCUUGUUCAGUAAAGAUAUUUUGUACAUUUCCUACCAUAGUUGAAUCAAAUAUUUGUUCUUGAUUAGAAAUAUGCAUAGCUAACCACUUCAUUUGGACAACUUUACACAUUAGAUGCUAGAUUUUUAAAUACUUAUAUCUCAGCCCACACACACGUGUGUAUUCUAGAUCUUCUAUCAUUUUAACAACAAGAUACAAAAUACCGAAAGAUAAAAAAUCAAAUCAAAUAACCGUGUUUGUAGUCAUUAUUAUAGAAAAACACCUACAACCUGUAUUGUGUUAUUAUGCAGUUCAUUCUCUGUAUUCCAGCUCACAUGAUGCUCUGUGUGAGGAACAGACUGGAUAUUAAAUGAUUAAUUGUUUGAGUUUCGUAUGACGUGAUGUGUGUCUGUUCAUCUCACGAGCGUCUGAGGGUGACCUCAUUUCAAGGCUGGUCGUGAUGUCUUUUUUUGAUGCUGUGAAGCUGGAGGAUCUGAAUCUGGAUCAGGAUCUCAGGAUGAUGAGUCCGAGCCGUGUUUCUUGAUGAUGUAUGAUCUCCUGCGUGCAAUGAUGUGUUGUUCGAUCGAUUCUCAGCGUGACUUCAGGAACUGUGAAGACACUAUCGAUCCCAAUCACGGAAGGUCAGAGUCUUACGUUCCUCAGGAGUCCUGGAACACACUCCAGAAAUCAGCACAAAUACCUGGAGGUUCUUACUGGAGAUGCACAAAUAGAUUCAAUUCAAUGCUAAAGACAAGGAAGAUAUCUGUGAAAGGGGUCACAAAAAAUCAACUUCGUUCAAAGGCCUUUUUCUCCUCACCCCAGCACAGAUAUUUGUUUUUGGUUCAAGCAUAAACCAUGAUCUUGUCAUUGUGCUUUUCCAGUAAAUGUAUCUGGAUUCAAGACUCCUUAAAGGUUUGUACUAGAAAACAAGACAGAAAUGCUUGUUUAUAAAAUCACUGAACUUUAUGAUUGCACUGUAAAAUAUUAUUUUCUUAGUAUCUUGAGUAUUUUCUAAUAUAAAUAUCUACACAUUCUUGAAUCAUUUGCGUGACAAGAUAUUAAGUCUUGUUUUUAAAAGCAAAUUAUACAAAUUUUGUUUGUUUUUGCAUAAAUCAAGCAAAAAUAUCUUAAUUCAAAGGUUAAACAAAUUUUUUUGGCCCCAUAAACAGAUGUUUUUGCUUGUUUUAAGCAAAACAAAAAUCAGAAAACAAGACAAAAACACUAAGGAAGAUGAUUUGCAGUGUGUCAGUGUUUCUAGAGUCUCUGGUUAAUAUCUGUGUGUUUUCACAGUCAUGUUUAACAAGGUUUUUCUAAAUUGUCUUGGUUCUGAUCAUAUUUUUAGAGUUCAUCUCAACUCAUGUAUUUAUGUUUUGCAGUAAAGAGGAGGCAGUUGCCAUGGAGACAGAGUUGCUAAGGGAUUAUGGUUUCAGACGGCAACAGCUGACAGAGAUGCUGGGACACGCGUGUGCGACCGCCAUCGCAAAGGUGUUUCCGCUAGAGUCUCUGGAGAAGCGUCAGCCAACGAUUCUGGUGCUCUGUGGUCCAGAUCAGAACGGCUGUGUGGGUCUGGCCUGUGCUCGUCACCUGCGUGUGUUUGAAUACAUCCCCACUGUCUUCAUCCCCAAGCGCUCCUCAGAUGCUCUUCAUCAGGAUCUCAUUCUUCAGUGUGAGCGGAUGGACCUGCCGUUCCUGUCCUACCUGCCCACUGAGGUGCAGCUGAUCAACGAUGCGUAUAACCUGGUUGUGGACGCGGUUCUGGGUCCAGAAACUGAUUUGGCGUCAGUCGGAGAGCCGUUUACCGGAGUCCUGCAGACACUACGAGGACUCAGAGUGCCCAUCGUCAGCCUGGAUAUCCCGUCAGGCUGGGACACAGACGAGUCCAGCUCAGACCGGAUCAGUCCUGCUCUUCUGGUUUCUCUGAUGACCCCAAAGCAAUGCGCCCUGAGAUUCUCCGGGUCACACUUCCUGGCCGGACGCUUCCUGCCCUUUGACCUUCAGAGGAAGUACAAGCUGAACCUGCCCAAGUUCCCCGGGACAGACGCUGUGGUCCAGCUGUGAUCCGCUCCAUCAAUGUCUUACGGCUCGUUUCCACUGAGCGGUACGGUACGCAACGCAAUUAUGUCCAUUUCCAUUGUGAAUGGUACUAAAAUAUAUAAAAUAGAAAACCGUACUGUACCAAUUUUUUGGUACCCUUCCAUAAGGGGCACAGCACAGCACAGCACAGCCUAGCACAGCAAAGCUAAACUCACUGCAGAACCUGAUUUUUUCACUUUUGCGCGAUACAAAGGCAUCCCCUUCACUUGUUCUCUGUCCGUGAGUUCAUUUACGUUGGCUUAUUUACACAAAAAUAUAACAGAAAAAUAUAAUAUUUUCACAUAAUUGUUUCUCAAGAUGUGUUCUUUUUGACUUGUAAACUUCCUUGGCCAAAAACUCGUUAAAUUUCAAAAUCUUACUAUUAUUGCGUCAUGACGUAUAGGUUGAAGAGUUUUAAAACUAUGCUGAUUUCGUAGCUCCAGGCGGUCACCUCAGCUCAGUGUUUAUGUAAUUUUUUCUAACACAAAGUUAUACCUUUGUAUAUUUAUUUUGAACUUGUUAUCGUUGAUCUCACACACAUCUAUCAAGUAAAGGUACCGAUGGCAGUGGAAACCCAAGGGAGGUCUGUACUGUACGGCUCAGUGGAAACGAGUAAGACACACGCUCGUCUGGUGUUCAAGGAUUAUUCAAUUCCAAAAUAUAAAUUCUGUCUUCAUUUACUCGCUCUCUGCUUGUUCCAAAUCAAUAUGAGUUUCUUUCCUCUGUUGAACACAAAGAUGUUUUUUUGAAUAAUGCUGGUAUCCAAACAGUAGAUGAGAACCAUUGAUAUCCAGUCAUUUUUUCCUACUGGUCAGAGCCAAUUUAUUUAUUUAGCACUUAACACCAUUCUGAUUACAGUAUUAGACAGAAAAAUAGUGUCAAUAAGAUGCCAUUCUUUUUACGAUGUCACAAGUACAUAGUAUUUUAGGAGUAGUGUUCCCAGUUCUAGCGGAUCUAAUUAAUGCAGCCUAAAAAUCCUUUAACGGAUUUGAAUAAUAAAAGUGUG